UCAUUUAUUUCCGCGUUGAUGAUCAGUGGUCAAAACUGUUUUGUUUGAUAACAGUUACCGUAUAGUAUAUAGAAUAGUUUAUUUGGAGGAAAUGAUUCAAACAUCUCCCUAAUUUACAUUUCACGCGCUAUUGUCUGUUGCAGUUCGAAGGUUUAUGCCGUCAUUUUGUCAUUGAUGUUUUAAAAUGCUAACGAAGUCGGAUGGAAAAUUCCACCGACCUUCAAUAGCAAUGUCAGUGUUUCUCGAAAACAACCCACGAAUGAUGGUUUCUAGCCGGUUUAAUGCAGUUGGAAGCAGUUCAUUCAUAAGAACAUUUUACUAUAGAUGUGGUUUAAUGACUGCAAAGUUGAAAACAAUGUGUUACAAGUAUACAUGGAAAGAAGAAGUUGGCAACAGGAUUUUGCAUAACUGGAAGCUUGUGGAUGUGACAUAAUGCCUAACUGUGGAGACAGUUCACAAGAUGAACCAGUGGACAAAGAUGUAUUGUGAAUGUAGUUGACUAACUGCAUGUGUAAAGUGACAUGGAUGAGACAGCAGACUCUCCAACUGGGGAUGAACUGACACCAGGCAAGAUGGAUGUUCUGACUGUUACAGCAACAGUCAAUGCUCUCCAUCCCCAAACAUCUGCCUCUCUUAAUACUGCACAGUCUAUCUUACCACAGGCAUCAUAUGUGUAUCUUGGUAGCACAACUGGCCACCAGACGACAUCUGUGGACAACGGCCAGCCUGUAGUGUACCUUAGCAGCAAUGCUAACCAGCAAAAGGUCCUCAGUACCAUCACACCGGUCCUUGUUUUGUCAAAUAACCAUGGCAAAGGGUCAAUGGAAGCAAAUGUUAUGCUGGAGAACUCGUCACCAGCAUUUCUGCGCCUAUCUGGUGACUUGCAGAACAUCCAGGCAAUGGCUCAGGCUAAUCUCAUUGCACAGACCCAGGAGCACAUUGCUCAGCAGCUUGGAGAGGAAGAGAUUGCUCUACAGUCAAAGGUCAAGGAUGAAGGGGAUGCUUUUACCAGUCUUCAGAGUUCAUGUGAAGAUGAAGAACAAAUAUGUCACCAUGAGGGAAAAUCUAAAGUUUCAGGUGGAAAGGUGUACACAUGUGAAACUGAAGGAUGUGGAAAGACAUUUUCUUCAGCAGGUUUCCGCAAAUUUCAUCAGACAGCACAAGGUCACUCUGUGAGUAGCAAAGCUCUGCAGUGCCCAUAUGACCAGUGUGGGCGCAAGUUUGCUCGACCAGCCCACUUCAAGUACCAUCAACUUACACACACUGACAACCGCCAAUAUGAAUGUGAGUUGGAAGGCUGUGGCAAAAGGUUCUUUACUGCUCAACGGCUCAAAGUUCAUAUGCGCACACACACAGGAGAGAAGCCAUUUGUCUGCACUGAAUGUAACAAAUCAUUCACCACCGCUGGGAAUCUUAAAAACCACGAACGAAUACACUCAGGUGAACGUCCAUAUGCAUGUGACUAUGAAGGCUGUGUCAGAAAGUUCACAGAAUGUUCAUCCCUCAAGAAACACAAGUUGGUCCACACAGGUGAAAAACCAUUUUCUUGCAACAUCUGCUUCAAGACAUUUUCCCAGAGUGGUAGUCGGAAGGUGCACAUGAAGAGGCAUGAAAUGGCGGCAGCUGCUACAGCAGCUGUGACGAUGAGGAGGGAGAGGAAUGAUAUGGCUGUCACUGUUGUCCCAUCAUCUGCAUCAGCCAUUGCAGUUAAGAGAGAGAUAAAUGAGGAGGGCAUGAAGGAAAGUACAGACAACCAAAAGCUGAUCGUCAUUCAUGAGUUGGCACAGCACUAUGAAGCAGAUACACAUGAACCUGUUGUGUUGACACAAGGCCUGACGGACCAUGUUGUGACAGUAACCACACAACCAGCAGAAGGUGAUGCCGAGAAGAUACAUCUACCUGAUAACAUUCUGGAGGCACAAGGUUUACAUGGUGACCCAAUCCACACUGAAGCUCUCCAGACUGGGGACAAAGGCAUGAAUGUAGUGGUCCUCUCACAACCACAGGAGAUUGUCAGUCUGACAUCACCAUACCACCAACCACACAUUCCUGGGCGAGAGGAGAUCAUAUACGAAACAGACCUCCUACAUACAGACCUCGACCAUGAAGAAAUUGCUCAUUCUGAAUUCAGUCUUCAGUCCUUGACCCAGGGGUCUCAGGGCUCAGGAGACAUGGGGGGAUGGCAUCAUGGCUGCUGACCAAGGUCUAACGGAACAUGGUGAUAUUUCUAGUUCCUCCCAAACCGGGAGGGAGAUGGCCUUGGAUCCUAUGAUGGAGUCAGAUGAUGACACUGACCAUGUGGAGGAUUUAGUGACAAAUAAACAGCAGCAGGAGAAGGUCUGACACUGGGAAACAUAGUGAUGUUGUUUAAUGUGUGAUAACCCAAGUUUGAAUGGCAAUUCAAGUAUUACUUUAAAUUUUAAUGCUCAGUAUGUGUGACCACCUUGCCAGUUGCAGAUAUUACAAGUUUUGAUUUGUUCACUAAGCAUCUACUGGUAAUAUUUGAAACUUUGUUUCAUCCAAGUGAUGUCCAACUCUUGUACUUCAUAAUGCCAUUGUGCUCCACAUAUCAGUAGCAAACAACCAUGACACUGGCUCCGGGGAUAUUUGCCAUUUUUGUGCCACAAAAGCACAUAGUCAUGAUAUAGUGUAAAAGCCAGUGCAUAUAGAUUACUGAGAAUCAAUUUGUAUCUGAAUAUGCCUUGCUUUUACUCUCAUUUCUUUUUAUAUAUAGGUUUUGGGGCCAUGGGGUAGCCUAGUGGUUAAAGCGUUUGCUCACACCGAAGACCUGGGUUCAAUUCCCCACAUCGGUACAAUGUGUGAAGCCCACUUCUGGUGUCCCCUGCCAUGAUGUUGCUGGAAAAUUGCUAAAAGCGGCAUAAAACCAUACUCACUCACUUACUUUUAUAGGUUUCAAUUUAUAUAGUUUCCACUAGUUUGAAAAGUGGAAUCAUGACAAGUCAUAUUGUACUUCAGUAAAGUGUUGUCCCAAUUCCUGUUUUGGGUCAAGUUUAACUUAUUUAUGUUUUUUUUAAACCAGUACGAAGAUAAAAAAAUUGGCAACAUUUGCUUAGUUCAGCACACAUACUCAAGUGAAUAUAGUAAGAAUUAAAUCAUUGUUUUAAAGUAUGAUAGAGGUGGAAAUGAGUAUAACUAUGUAUUGUGAUUAGGUAGCAAUUUGUUGGCUGUGAUGGAAUCCGAUGUGAUAUGUUCGUUUAUGAUUGUUCAUUGUUGAUCUCAGUAAGGAGGGGAAUAGUAUUACCAUAUCAGGAUUCUUCCAAAUUGGUUUUAAUUAUGCUUCAAACAAAAUUAAAUAGCAAAGAUUUGUUUCAUUAUAACACACACACUGAAAACUGUACAGGUCAACCCUUUUCUGAAGGAAAGCUUAACUGAAAAACUGUUGGUUCUCAGACAUGAAAAAGAUAUUGUUAAUGCUGUAUGUGAAAAUGUUGCAUCUUACUGACAUGUGCAAAAUAGAAUGAAAUCUGAAGAAUCCACAGUGUGUUCUAGUGGUAAAUUGGAUGUGUGUUAAGUGUAUAUAUCUGAAUGCUAAUAUAAUUUUUGUUUGAGCCUAACAUGGACACACAUUUUCAGUUGUUCAACGUUUGUAAGAUAUGAUUGUGAUACCUUGAUACCGACACUGAAUGUUGUCCUUCUGGUGCUAGGAGUUCUGGUGUACAGUGUUGAAAUCUGUGGCAUUUGCCCAGUCUCAUAUUGAAUGUAGUAUUGAUUAUAAACCAACUGAAAAUCCAAGGCUUAAAUUGUGUGCCAUGCAUUUUUAAUGAACAUUUUACACAAUUAUAUUAUCAUUAGCAACCUUGCCAGGCUAGUAAUAGAUUAUGUUAUGUCUAAAGGUUAAAAGAUUACUUAAAUGUGUCCUUGAGAGAGUGAUGACAUUAAUAAUUUGUCAAGGGAGUCUUUUGGGUUUGAUUUUCUACAUUAAUAUGAAAAUUGCUUCCAAUGGUGUGAUUUAAGUUGACACUGCUGUCAUGGUAGCAUUUUAAAUAUUUGUUCUUUUCUUCAAGCUCUUCAUUCAACUUCUAUAUUUAUGGAAUAUUGCUGAAAAUGACAUACAUAAUCCACUCUCACUUUCUAAAUCAUUUUGCCAAAAUACAGGGCAGCAUAGCUCUUUCUUUUGUACUUUGUGUUUUGUAUUUCGACAGUGCUGUUGGAUGUUGUUGAAGCUGUAGUCACCAUGGCCUCAAACCUAGUCUCCAUUUCUUUCAGUGCACAGGUCUAAAUGUAGGCAUAACCCAGCCUUCUUGGCCCACAACGAAUGAAUCCAAAACCUUGUUUUCAAUUAUUUAUCUGUAUCUGCAAAAUGUAUGGUUGUGGAAAGCAGCAUAUUCAUUUUGUCCACCAAGGCCAAGAUGGGCAGUUUCAAUCUACCACAUUGUGUUCUACUUUAUGUAUUUAUUUCAUAUCAAUUUUUGUUAUUGUCCCUGUUUCAUAAGUUGUGUUGUAUACAUACUAGAUAUGUAUUUUCAAGGUAAAUAUCCAUGUUGAUUUUUCUCUGUAAUCUAAUACUAGUAUAUAUUGUAGUUAUUUCCCCGGCCCAGCCACAUGUUCAGAUUCUAUUUUCUGUAAUGUGCUGACAUCUACAAAGUGAAGUAGUCUCAAGAAUUAUCUGCUUAAUUUAAUUGUUAAAAUGUGGAGUAAUUUUUGUGGAAUCAAGAUCCGUGGCAUACUUCAUGUUUA